AUGGCGAGAAUCAACUACGCUCCUAAGCGUGGUAGCCGACAGAUCAGACCCCAGAACGUUUUUGGGACUAGGCGUAUGAGAUAUGAGACGGAGUCAUUUGGUCGCUUUCUUAUGGGCCACGGGCGAUAUACAACAUCACACAACCUUUUGUUCAGCCUUUAUAAGGACGACCUUUCACAGCAGGGGGCAGAAGGUCCUGAUACGUUGAGCAGCACGACUGAUCUGGCAAUCCUCUACCAAAGUCAGGGUUGGUGGAAGGAGGCCGAGAGUCUUCUCACCCAGGUGGUACAGGCCAGCAAAGAAGUAGUUGGAAUAGAGCACUCAGACACCAUAAGACGCAUCAUUUUGCUUUUACAAGUGUACAAAAAACAGGGCCGGUGGAAGGAAGCUGAGGGUCUUCUAACGCAGGUGUUAGAAACCUGCAAGACAGUAUUGGGAAUAGAAGCCCGUGUCACUUUGAGGUGUAUGAAUAAUCUAGCAUCAGUCUAUCAGCAGCAGGGACGGUUAAAAGAGGCCGAGGAGCUGAACAAGGAAGUUUUAAAGGCCACAAAAAGAGUUCUGGGAGCAGAGAAUUGUGAAACUUUGCGUGCCAUGAACGAUCUUGCAAUGAUCUAUUUUUAUCAAGGGCAGUUAGAGGAGGCAGAGGACCUACAAAGGCAGGUUCUUGAGGUCAGCCUGAGGCUACUAGGGGCAGAGCAUCCUGAUACCCUUACUUCCAUGAGCAAUUUUGCAACAACUUAUUGGAAACAGGACAAACUGAAGGAGGUUAUUGAGACCGAGAAGAGAGUACUAGGGGCAGAGCAUCCUAGCACCCUUACUUCCAUGAGCAAUCUUGCAAUAACUUAUUGGGAACAGGGCCAAUUAAAGGAGGCUGAGGACCUACAGAAGCAGGUUCUUGAGACCAGGAAGAGAGUACUAGGCGCAGAUCAUCCCGAUAUCUUGGUUAGUAUGCACAACCUAGCUGUGAUAUGGGAAUCCCAAGGCCAACUUGAUCAGGCAAAAGAGUUGAUGCACCAAUGCGUCCUCCUGAGUCGGGCCGUAUUCGGACCAGACCACCCCUAUACACAGGAUUCCGCCAAAUAUCUGGCUGAGUGGGCCAGGAACAAUGAACAAAAUCAUGAAUCCCGAUUCUCUCGAUUUGUGCAUCGAAUCCGAAGUCGAAAGCAGCACUGA